UUUAUAGCAAGUGGAGGAAUUUCGGAGUUUGAAGUUGAACGUGCGUACGAAAAUUGUAGAAUCUUUAGGAAUUGAAGAGGAAUGGCGGCUGCAGGGCCUCCUGUUGAGGAUUCUGAUGAAUUUGAUGAAACUUAUGUUCUUGUUGAAUUGAAUGGUCUCUUCGAUGUUCAAGCAAGUGUCUCAGAAGCUCAACUACUAAAAAUCUGGGGCAUUGAAUCUGACGAGCAAGUUCUACAGCUUGAUGACAAGUUUUUCAAAGGUCAAGUUACUGAUGUUGUGGGCACGAAUAUUUUUCUCGAGACGAAGCAACGAAAACAUUCUGCUAAAUCAAUAGGAAACUCGAGCAAGACGAGCAAAUCACAAGCUCAUCUGCAGUAUCAUUGUCAUUCAACGAAAAUGCUGUCAAUGGAUCGUGUCUUUCUUGAACCAAAACAGUCAACUGUUGAAGCAGCUGAUGGCAUUGCUGACAGAGACGCAGUGCAGCAGUCGAUUGACUUGACUGGUGAGUUAUCAAGUGAUCUUCACACUCAAACUGCCGACAUUGUGAUGGAUGAUCAACAAUAACUGCACUCUAGCUCAGCCGUAAAGGUUAGUUGCUACAAUGUAUUCGGUUUCCGAGAAACUUGAGUUGUAGUAGCAUUGUAUCUAUUAAUGUGGCGGGAGACUAUGGUAGAAGGCAAACGCAUCAAGCAUUUUGAUUAGACAAUUGUUGUUAAUAUUAAUCAUUAUUUGUAAAAUUUGAUAUCAAUGUUUACCUUUCAAAUGGCGACUUUGUACCACUCAUUGUAAUUAUAGACAUUUUUAUGCGUUUAAUGAAUUAUUGUUACAAACUCAUGAAGCAUUUUUUCACAACAUGAACCAUGCCGUGAAGGUGAUAUUGUCUAGGGUGGUGCCCUUAUUUGGAUUAAACAUGUUGUUAAUUAAUCAUUAUUUGUAAAAUAAAUUUAAAAAUUAACUUGUAUAUAUUACUGAUUUAUCAAAUAUAAUUUAUUAAGAG